AAAAGAACUGCAUUUGCAUUGAGCAGGCUUUUUUCCCUCCACCCAGACUUGAAUUGCACAACCUAAAGGCAGCAUAAAAUAUUUGCUCUCUGAUUCCACAUAAAGAACUUCAGCUUUCUCAGGAAACCUAGAGCUCUUUGAAACCAAGCAUUCCACAAUGAAGAGCUUUCUGGCUUUCCUUGUUGCAAUGGGCAUCACAGUGACCCUGGGUGAUGCAUACUGCUGGACUAAAACUCACAAGCCAGGGGAGGCCAAAGACGGCUGUAUGAUCAGUGGAAAACUGUAUCCCUUUGGACAAAUUGAGAGGACAGAAGAUUGCUUCGCAUGCAGCUGCAGUGAAGAUAGAUUGGCAUGCUGCUCCCUCUUUCACACUCCUGUUGCUUACGACAAAAAGCAAUGUAAAGUUGUUUUCAACAAGAAGCACUGUGACUAUGAUGUGGUGCAGAAGGACAAUCCCUCACAGCUGUGUUUUGUCUAUUCUCGUGUGGGCUAACACCUCCAAACCUCUCUGCAUUGUGGAAUUCCUCUCCUUCCUACAGAUGCUUUGCCACCACAGAGAAGCACGAUGGCAUGGGAAAAUCUCAUAAAAGAGAGCACUUCAGUAGCUGCCUUCUAUGCUCCUAAGUUUUGUAAUUCAGCUUACCAGAUGCAUAAUCAGAUAGAGUGUCUCAUUUCUAUCAAAUGUCAUAUUUGUGUUCUUAAUAUUAAUUGCUAAGACUUUGUGCUUUAUGUGAUUUAUAGAUGUUUAAUUAACUUUUAAAUUAAGUAGGAUUUCAUUCUACUAGUUUCCUUUGUUCAACCUCUGUUUAUUUAUUUUUAAAUUAGAGCCUUAUUACCUGUAAGGUCCCAAGAGUUUCUGUAGAAUCUGGGUGCCAGUUUUCUUACAGAUGAAGAUGACUUUCUUUGUGCAAGAAGAUUUUUGAUUUGCUGCAGAACCUGUAAAAGUGUGAACGAAUCUAACACAGGCUUUGAAUCUCAUGAGAAUAUAUUCUUUAUGGUUCUGGGACUGUGGAAAACCAGGAUGUUUGUGUGAUUAGCACAUCCUUCCAGAAGUUAUCUGUGGGUGCGGAAGCCCAUCUUCCACUGCAAGUGCACCUCCUCCACCACUUGUACUUGAAGCAGAAUCUGAACAGCCCAGCACAAACAAGAGCUGACACUGGAGAAGAAAGAAAAUAAUUCCAUGAUCUGAAGGGAUUUUGCAGACUAGCUGAGAAAUUAUCAUGUGUUUUAAAAAUGCAUUUGCAUCAAGAUUAAAAAUUAGGUGUUUCUCAUCCCACUGAAACUGCAUCAAAUUAAAACUGAAAUUCACCUCAUGGAUGGGGACUUGGCUACACAUGGAAGAAGGCAGGUGUGUUCAGAUCAGAGAAGAAAUUAUAUUAUUGUCUCAAUCUUGGGUCUCACAUGUUGAAUUGAGGUCUCAAUUCAAAUUUCUGCUCUGCUAUCUGCUACCUGGGACAAAUUGCUCACACUGCCUGUUUACCUUGCUAUAAAAUUUUUACAAUUCUUUGAUAAUUCCUGUCCUGGGAGAGAUCUGAGGGCCUAAGCUUUGAGAUUUGUGGAUAUAUCAACCUCAGACUGAAGAAAAGUGUCCCCACCAAGAUAAAACUUCCUUCUACCACCUUUCCAAUAUGUUCUUGUGUAAACAGUGCACUGUAUAUUUUAGUGUUUGCACGCGCCUUUCCUUAACACAUUUAUCCUUUCUCACACACAAAUGUGACAGACUUUAAUAAAGUAAAACCAAUGUUCAUUAUACAUAGAAUUGUCAGUUCAAUGUCAAGAAGACUUUAUUUGUAAAAUCAUGUUUAUUCAUGAUUUGUGAACUGAAAUGCCUCACGCUUCCUCUUGUUCUUCCCCUCUCAAUAGCGGUGAUAGUCAACAUACUGGGUUUAGUGACUGGAUACACAAACUGCUGUAUUGGGUCCUGCACUUGCUCUCCCACACAGAAAUCUCACAUUCUUGAUCCCUCUCAAGAAUGUGAGAGUAGUACUGAAAUGCUGGCCUAAGAAACAAAGUUCUUGGACUGCUUUCAUUUUAGCACACCUCUUCUAACUUUGAGCUGUCCAUAGGUAUUAGCUGGAUUAUUGGGCUGUUUUAAUAACAUGACUGCUCUGAAAUCA